AUGGAUCGCGUUGAGCGGCUUAGAAGCUUCAAUAAAAGAGUCAAAGACUCAGUUGAAUUUAUUCCCGACUCUAGCGAGCUGAAAACAGCUUGUAGAGACCUUAUAGACUGUUCCAAUAGCUUAACAAACGCGGACCGUGUGAGGAGUCUUGAAAGCGUGAGUUACUUUUGCCUGAGUCCCCAAAUCUCUCCGCAGUUGAAAAAUGAAUGCGAGUCUUGUUUUCGUGCAGUUUUGAACGAAGAAUCGCUAGCUACCAUCAUUGAUGAUAUUCGUCCAAUGCUUCUACAAGUGAAAAAUAGCCGAAUAUCGGAGCAGGGAAGACUCAGACAGCAAGAAGCUUUGAUUUUGAACCCGAAAAAGGGUCUAGUUUUUGAAGAAGACGACAUUCGCUCCAAAUGGGCUCAAGUUGGCGGGAAGCGAACCAUCUCGCUGUUUUAUGUGGUUCUCGGUCAACUGAGAACAAAAGAUGUCUCAUCAAACCUGGGUUGGAUAGUGCCUGGAAUUCUUAACUUGAUGGAUGACACUUCUGACCUCGAGGGUAUUAAGCUACAAGGCGUAUUGCUGCUGAAGCGCUUUCUUUCCGAAACUGUAGGCUACUCGUAUCAGCCGCAAUUCGACUUUUCAAGUACUGGACUUGUCAAGGCUUUUGAACCAAUACUCACAUCAAUGUGGUACCACUUCCCACAGUCCACUGAUCCAGUUUUGACCAAAAAGAUUUGGGAUACAGUGUUCCCGACCUUGAUUGCGUUAUACCGUGUGGAGUACUCCUCCAGACCUCAGCAGCUCUCUGAAAAUGUAAGCAAGUUUCUUUCUGAAGUGCUACUUCAGGUCACAAUUCCUAGAAUUGCCAUGGAUUAUCCUGACUUGACAAUUGAUACGUUGAAGAGGAUUGAGACAUGCGUGCAAAUUUUGAGAGAAAAGUCUGUGAUCCAUUUGCAGCGAGUCAUACAUGUCUCUGGGGAGUACCUGAUAUGCAACGUUCAUAUCAGAAAUUUGAAACACAUUGCACACAGCGUCGUAAGCGUGCUCGAAGCAUUUAUCGAAGAGUGCCCUACCGAUCGAAUCAUCGCGCACAGGUACAAUUUACUAGCCUGCGCUUUGGUAAUGUGCGAAAGGAGCUUUGCAGAGGAAAAGUUACAGGGUGAAGAAGUAUAUAUAGAAUGCCGAUCCCUGAUCAAAGCUCUGAAUUCUAAAGGCGUUGUCUGGACUGAUGAAGAACGUCAGACUGUGAACGGCCGGGCAAAAUCAAUGGACAUAAAGAUAUGA